AACUUGGGAGUUCUUGAACUGAAACCGCUCCUGGUUUUGUUUUUGGUGUGUAUAUGAAUGAAAUGGACCAGAUACGUUGUUCAAAAUCGAUCACUGUUUGUGAAAGUUCGAGUGGAUCUGUCCCUGAGGCUGUGAUUGUAGUCGCUGGUCUCAAGGGUGAGACCAGUGACUCUGUCUCAAACCAUGUAUUGAUCGAAGACCAAAAAGAGAAUGAUUCAAGAAUGAGGGAAGAUGGUGUUGGAUGCAGUAACGGUUCAGCUCAUGCCGUUCACGAGGAAGUUGCAAAUAAUGUUACUGCGGUAAGCUGUCACGAGAGUGAUGCUUCAGAAAAAGCAAAGGAGAAGGAGUUCCACGUGGUAGAUCUGAGCGGUGGAGGAGAAGAAAGUGAUAACGGGCAAAGAAUCUGCAGGAUCUGUCAUUUUGGUUCUGAUCAAACACCGGAUAGAGUUUCUGGCAAGUCAGUAAGUGUAGACUUGAUUGAGAUUGGUUGCAAAUGCAAAAACGAGCUUGGUCUUGCGCAUUUUCAUUGCGCUGAAGCUUGGUUCAAGCUAAGAGGAAACAGUGUAUGUGAAAUUUGCGGUUCUUCAGCGUUGAAUGUUCCAGUAAGGUUGACGGAGGAGGAGUGGAGUGAAAUAAGGGACGGUACAACGGAUGAAGGAAGAAGACGUGGAAGUGGACAGUCUUGCUGCAUCUUCAUGGUUUUUCUGCUUACUAUCAUUCUGCUUCAUUGGUUCUUCAAGAAGAUGAGUGGUUACUACCAAAACACAUAAAAUUAAUUUGUUAGUUAAUAAGCAUAUAUGUUUGUAACUUGUACAUCCUAUUCCGACUCUUAAGACUAUAUGGAAACAGAAGAAGAUAGAAUAUAAUACAAGUUCUUUAGAUCAAACUCUGAUUAAAAAUUUAAUAGAUCGCCAAGUUUUUAAACAAAACCUUUUUUCUGAAAUAUGUUUUAUAGCUUCAGACUUAAACAUAGUGUGUGUGUUUUUUCCUUCAAACAAUCAUUUAAUCAAGAAGGGCGUUCAUCUCAUCAUGUAUUCAUGUGUCCAUGCCUUACAUAUGGGCCAAUGUGGUUACAUGUGAUUAUAUCCCCAAACAUAAACGCAUGGCCGGUCUUGGACAUGGACAAAUAAAAGCACAUGGUC